AUGAGGGUCGCCGGAAAGCUGUGCUUUAGGGCUGCGCUCCUCUUUCCAGUGGCGCUCGCUCGUCGAGCAUGGUUUGACCAGAGUGGAAGGGUUUCUGAACCUCAACAGGAUGAGUUGGUGGUGGAUCCUGAAGCUGAGUCGCCCCAGCCUGUGAAACAGGGCAAGUGGAACAGGUUCGUGAAGCACUUCAAGGGCUUUUACGAGCCGGAUCCGGUGAUUAGCUUCUCGGGGAAACCCUACGACUACACUGGCUUCUUUCGCACGUCCUGGACGGCUCUUCCCUUAUCCAUGUAUCAGGGUGCCCUCCAGAUCACAGGACCGCUCUACGGCAUCAUCAAGCUGUUGGAAUCAAGAGAGCUGCCCAUUUCUUGUCCCACCCUCUGGGCAGACAGAGGCUGGCAUCUCUACCUCUCUGUUACAAAGCCGCAGGAAAGGAUCUCUUCAGCCCUUACCCAUGCUGCCGUGAAAGUGGUAACGCUUGGCAGCCUCCCGUCGUUUUUAGGACAGGUCUUGGGACACAACGCUCAACAUGCCCAACAUGCAGUGGAGUCCGUCCAUGGCACAAUGGAGCAGUCCGAUGCUAUUUAUGAGGUCGGGCACGAGGCAAUGGAAGAGCCAGACAUCAAUGCCACGAGGACUACAUUCCAGAGGAUCUUGCACAAGUUCCACCAGUCCAAGUUGCUGGUCCAGAGAGUGAUGGUCGAGAAGCGAGUCGUGACCUUGAUGCUUGCGCCGAAACUCGUUGAUGGGUAUUACAAUCUGGAGAUGAGUUGUUCAAGAGUCUCGGAGAAGGGAAGGGCUUUGGUUCAUUUUUCGAAUUCCAGGGGGGAAAAGGUGCCGGUGACAACGCUGCAUUUGGCGGUGUAUAUCCUUGCUGUGGCAUGA